AUGGGCAACCAUAUUUCGGGCCGUGCAGAGGCCCUAUUAGCGUUCAUUAUCAAAAAAUAUCCAGAUGCGUACAAGGAGUUCACCGAGGUGAACCCUGAAGUAAACCCCACCGUUUUCGAUACGGACAGCCCGGCCUCACCGAACUGUCCAAAAAGCAAUCCAUGUGACAUGGAUUGCUCGCCAAUCGGCUCGGGAGCCGAGUCAGACACGACGCCGUCCUCCUCGGACACAGAGGAGGAUAACGACGGGUUCAAACCCGUCCUUACCAAAUCUGGUAAGAGGAAGGCGGCAAAAUCACUAAAGGCGCCGCCGCCAAACAAAAAACCAUCGACCCCAGCAGCUGCCGGUGCAGCUGCGCACGUACCUGCGGGCACACCUGUGUCCGCACCUGCGGGCACACCUGUGGGCACACCUGUGUCCGCACCUGCGGGCACACCUGUGUCCGCUCCUGCGGAGACGGCUCCGGAGGAGAACCUAGAUCGGCUCAUCAAGAAGCAUUUCGCCAUAGAGUCGUUUGGGGUACAACCGCGUCAACCUACAACCGACGCGGAGGGCAAGGCGCGCCAGAUAUUAGAAAGUACCACCAAGCAGCUGAGAGAUGGUCGUUUCGAAACUGGCCUCCUGUGGCGGAACGAAGAUGAGCCGACUCCGGAUAACCUGAGGUCAACAGAAAACCGGCUGCGCCACAUUGAAAGGAAGCUGGACAGGGACCCGAAGCUCAAAGCGGAAUACGGGAGGCAAGUCCAGCACCUGCUGGACAGCGGGUACGCCGACGAGGUUCCAGAAGACGGCGGCUCGGCGAGAAGAUGGUAUCUGCCGCAUUUUGCCGUGACCCAUCCCACAAAAAGAAGAUUAGACCGGUCUUUGACGCCGCUGCGAAGUUCAACGGGAAAAGCUCCUACGGGCAACCGCGAGGGUGCUUCAAUUCGUUUUCAACUGUGCCGCAGGGAAAGGACUCUAAGCACACGAUCCAGCGACCCGGUGUGGACAAAGAAACACAAUAAAGAGAAAACGAAGGCACAGCACUCAGCUCCACUCGCAAUAAAGGAGCGGUACCAGGAAAGAAAGGCUGUGGAGAGCCAGCAACCCCUAGACCGGAAGAGCAAACUUAAACGGCUGGAUAUCGCCGUGAACGAUGGGCUUAUAAGGAUCCGCGGCAGGAUCGACGCCGCCGAAGAACUCGACCGCGAUCUCAGGCAGCCAGUAGUAUUAGACGCGAAAGAUGACAUUACGAAGUUGAUCCUGACCCAUUACCACGAUAAGUUCAAUCACGGUAACCACGCUACCGUGAUGAACGAAGUAAGGAGAAGGCCGAGCUCGAAGAUUGUAAGGCUGGUGAGCCAGCCCACCGUUGAAGACAAGAUCGCCGAGCAGCAGCGCGGCGGUCCGGAACAGCUUCGCGUCGCCGGACAAGAGGAUGGUGCGAAGCACGAGGGGGCGUAUUUCGGCGACGCAGCUAAUAUUUAG